UGGUUGGAGACGUUUUGAACUGCAGACAACAGCCGAGAGUCCCGCGCGCACAUCGCGUCUGCUUUUUUUCCCUCCCCCCUUUUUUCGUUUUGCUUACCCCUAGUACACACAACCCUCUGCUUUGCACAACUCUACGAAAUCUGUGUCGUCGUCGUGUUUAGACUUGAAGAAGCAUCGUUUUCGCAGUGAGUUGAAACAACAUUUUAGAACCACGUUUUUUGAUCGUCGUGUGUUCGAAGAAAAACGUACGAUUACACACACGAAACAAUUGGAAGAAGAAGAAGAGGGAGACGCUAUGGAAGAGGACGCGAAUGUACACCAUUGGGGUGAAACCCACAACUUUUGGACGAGGGGGAGUUCAAGACCGGAAGCGCGUCCCUUCCCCCCCUCGUGUACGUGUGUGUUGAAGAGCCAUCUGCUCCUCUUUUCGUUAGGAUGAGGCUUUUCCCACCCCUGCACAUACACACACACACGUUCAGCUGCCAUGUUGGUUUCGUCGUCGUUGUAGGCCUUUGGGGUACGUCGUCGUAGGAAUGGCUCGUUGCACCCAACCCCCCUCCUGAUGGCGCUACUUGAUUGACUGGACUUAGUGUGUACCCCGCCCGACGCCUCCCAACCUUUUUUAAUGAUGAGAGCUGGUGGCGCGGGUGAUUUUGGAAACGCUGCGCUCGAUUCCGGUUCCCGAUGUUCAUCAUGACCUACGCAGAGUGCUGGCCAUCAUAUCGCGCCUGGGCGAAGAUUCAGAACCUUCGGUGCGGGCUGAGCUGAUGGAGCAGGUGCCCCACGUGGCCAUGUAUUGCCACGAGGAAAAAGAUGAACAUCAAUGGAUGCAUUUGGUGCCAUCGUUUCUACUUCCUCUGGUCGUCCGAUACCUCACAGACGUCAACAAUCAGGUGCGUAAAACUGCUCAAGCGGCUCUUUUGGUGCUUCUGGAACAAGAAUUGGUGGCCCACAACGACGUCGAAGAUCAAGUGUGCCCCCUGUUGUUGAUGCUGACCAAUGCCGACGCCCACGACGAUUUCCGCACAGAAGCCGCAGCUUUGAUGUGCCGAAUGGCCCCGUUGCUGGGCGGUGAUUUGUCGCGUCGUGUUUUCCUUGAACGAUUCGCCGCUUUGUCGGCUGAUGGCCUCUUCCACGUCCGAAAGAUCUGCGCCGCCAAUUUUGGAGAGUUUUGUGCCGUCGUCGGUCAAGAGGUCACCGAGUCCACACUGUUGGACAAGUUUUACGCGCUGUGCCAGGACGAGCUGUGGGGCGUGCGCAAAGCCUGCGCCGAAGUGUUCAUGAGCCUAUCCCGUGUUGUCUCUGCAACGAAAAGACGCAACGAUUUGGGUAGCCUCUUCGUCAACCUCCUGCAGGACGAGUCGCGUUGGGUUCGAAUGGCUGCCUUCCAGGCUCUCGGACCUUUCAUUUCGACCUUCUCACGAAUGGAAACCGAGAACGAAUCGACAUCAUCGCCGUCAGCAGCGCCCGUCGAACCAGCCGAAUCGGAAUCAUCGAUGGAUCAAUCGGAUUUUAACUCAUUUUAUUUCUGGAGAGAUCCUCUACCCCAAUUGAAUUUGACCAGCGAAACGAACGCAGAUCAGCAGCCCGAAGAAAACAAAGAGUCCGUCUCGGAUAGCGUUGAGAAAGCCCUAGAAGAUUUAAUGGCUCGCGUUGAACUUGGACGUGGCGAGGCUCAACCGGCACCCGCUCCAUCCAACGAACUCGUUCCAGAACCCGUUCACGCCUUUGACUUGAGGAGAGUUGCCUGUCAGGAAUUGUUGGGAGGUCCCGUUGCCGUUAGCAAAGAAAAUGGUGACACCACAGCAUCAACGCCAAACGAUUUAUCUGGCGAUUCGAAACCUACCAGUGAUAUCCAGCCGACACUUCUCUCUUCUAGUAUUACUACCUCUUUGGCGACAGUCAUGUCGUCAUCUUCUCUCUUUCAACCCAAUCUUUUACCACCCGCCUACGUCAAGAGCAAUAAUGAUUUACCCACCACCGUCUAUUCGAAUUCAUUUUGCCCGUACUAUUCACCCCGACGGCGUUCCGAUGGUGGCAGCAUGAGCGGAGGUGUUGUCCUGGACACGUCCCGCUCUCGACCCUACAGUCCCUACGGAUCGUCUUCAAUGCGCUCUUCAAUUUCUCUCAGUCAAUCGGUUGUGCCCCAGAGUCUGAUGGACUAUUACCUCCAAAUGACGGAUCCUUAUUAUGUCGAAACGGUCGACGCCGAAAUCACCCGCCACUGCGCCUACAGUUUGCCGGCCGUCGUCUGCACCCUGGGCAAAGAGCACUGGCCGUUGCUACGCGACCUUUACACCACGCUGGCGUCGGACAUGCAGUGGAAGGUACGCCGGACUCUGGCUUCGAGCAUUCACGAGAUUGGGGCCAUUUUAGGCCAAGAAGUAGUGACGCAGGAUCUGCUGCCCGUCUUUGACGGUUUCAUUAAAGAUCUGGACGAGGUACGCAUCGGAGUGUUGAAGCACUUGAGCGAUUUUCUCCGCCUGUUGCCCGAAAGGGAACGACGCAGUUAUCUACCGCGCUUGGCCGACUUCCUCAAGCUAGAUAACGAACAGAACUGGCGCUUCCGUCAAGAGUUAGCCCUCCAACUACAGUCCGUAGUCGGUCUCUUUUCACCCGCCGACAGCGCUCAAUCUAUCUUGCCUCUAGCCCUAACACUGGCGUCCGAUCGGGUCGCCGCCGUCCGUCUUCCUGCCUUCACACUCGUUAGUCAAAUAAUGAAGCAGGUGUCUGAGAACAGCUGGGCCGAGGACGCCGAAUCGAUGCUCACUCCACUUCUGGCCGAUCUAACGACUCGUUUCUGUUCCGGCAACCGAUGGAUGCUACGCCAGAGUUACGUCAACAUCUGUAACCAGCUGGUGACGGACCGCGCGUUGCCUCUUGAAGAGUUUGCCAAACUGCUUCUCGCACCUCUGCUGGCCCUCAAACAAGACCGCGUACCCAAUGUCCGGCUGGUCCUGGCCAGAGUCAUCAAUUUCCAGCUGAAAUAUCACGAGUUUUUUUCUGGAUCGGAUAGUCCGUACCGGGAAUCGCUGGAUGAGACGCUCAACCAAUUAUCCGCCGAUAAGGAUCGUGAUGUCUCUUAUUACGCCACGUGUUCCACAGUCAAACGGGAUCAGACGCAGAUCACUUCGGAUCCGCUUCCUCCGACAGGGGAAAACGCUGCGUGAUAGCCAAAUAAAAAAAAUGAACUGUACACAUUCACACACUCAUUCUUUUGCAUGAUGCCAACACACAACGAAAACUUGUACUCCCUCUCUGUGUUUUCUUCUCUCCCCCUACUUUUUUUUCCCUCUUCUAUCUCUAAACAUCUUUGAUCUCUUCGUUUUUAAAACAAAAAGAAACAUCCAACAACAAAAGGAGGUGGGGCGUGUGUAAACCAGAGCCAAAGUGUGUGCGUGUGUGGUGCCUUGUACAAACAAGACUAUACCUGUGUGUGUGUGUGUGUUGUUACUAGUAAACUAGAUGAAAAUCACGAUCACGCAAUUGGUGCAGGCAAGAACGCAUUAGCCUCGAUUUCAAAACAUUACAGAAACAAAAAAAAAAAAAAUCAUAAUUUUUCAUGUUUUCUCCUCCCUUUUUUUU